UAUAAAUGAAGUGGAAGUUGUAAAUGAGUUGGCAGAUGAAAUGAUAGAUGAAAUAGUGAAUAAAAUGGUGGAUAAAAUGAUAGAUAAAAUAGAAGUAAAUGAAAUAGUGAACGAAAUUAUG